AGAGGAAGACAAGACGUGGGGAGAAGAGGCACGCCCUGCGAGACUUAGGAAGCUGCUCUGAGCCAUCUUCAGGCUCUUGGGGAACGUGUUUUUGCAGCCAGACUCUCAGCAGGCUGGAACCACCAGGGAGACGGGAGCUUGUUUUCUGCAUUUUGAUAACCCUACAGGCAUCCUUACCCUAUUCGCUGUGCCCAAAAUGCUGUGCCUUUUGGUGUAAAGCGUCGCAGUUCCGGUGGUGAGGACACCUUUCCAAAUAUAAGAAGAGUAAAGAAGUCACCUCCCCAGCUGUCAUCAUCUUCCAACAGAUUGAGCAAGACUAUUCUGAGCACUACAGAAAAGACAGCCCAUCAAGCUCCUGAUGAUGAUCAGCCAUGUGUCUUUUUCGAGGAAAGGAAUAGGGUGAAUGAAUCUCAACAGAAAACCAGUAUGAAUGCUGGCCCAUCUUGGACUAAAGUGCGUUUGAAGACUUCUUCAGGAGGAAGGCAGAAUAAAUCCCAACUACCCCAGCAUUCUCCCCAGCUGAGGAGCAGCUUUGUCAGUGUCUCCCGACCCCCCGCAGAUCGAGAAAGCAUUUCCUUGGAAGGAGCACCUGAGAGGGAUCCACUGGGUCCCAGGUGUCAGGGGUCCUCCGGCCACAGACUGUUUCUCGACUUCCAGUCAAUGAAAAUUAUUAAAGACAGUGCCGAUGAGGACAGUGCAAGCGAUCUCUCUGAUUCAGAAAGAAUUCCCAUUCCUCCUUCUCCUCUCUCUCCUCCAGAUCUUAAUCUGCGAGCUGAAGAAAUUGACCCUGUUUGCUUUGAUCUUCACCCCACUCAAGGCUACCCUAAGCCUGAAUACUGUUACCCUGACUUCCUCCCCCCGCCUUUUAGCUCCUGGGACCUACGGGACAUGGCCCUGCUUCUGAACACAGAGCCCAAGACCACAGCCAUCCCCCGUGUAGGAGGGCUUCUCGGGAAGUACAUCGACAGACUUCUGCAGCUCGAGUGGCUGCAGAUUCAGACCACACAGUGUGAAAAAGGAAAGGGGCCCAAAGCAAGGCUUCCCGCUGCUCCUGGGGCUCCAGGGGCGCUGAAGAGCCCCGGGAGAAGUAAGCUCCUUGCCAGUGCUCUGUCCAAGCCACUACCUCACCAGGAAGGGGCUUCCAAGUCAGGCCCUUCGCGAAGGAAAGAUGUUCACCGCGAAGAAAUCCAUCCAUCAUAUUAUGCAUUUGAGGCUGUCCCCAAGCCCAUUGAUGUUCUGGGUAGUAGCAGGUUAUGUCCCCAGAAGCAAACCCUCGACCUGAGGACUGUGGAGAAGAAAAAGAAAGCAGCUAAGAGUGCCAAGCUGCCACGCCGGGAGCUCUCCUGCAGUGACAACCUGAAGAUGGAAGCCAGUGGGAACAUUCGCAUUCCCAAACCAUCAGCAGUGGUCCUGGACCCCACAGACCCCUGCAAGACCUCCAGAACACAAGCACAUGCAACUCUUAAGAAAAAGGGAAAUGCCAAUGGCUGUCAUGCCGCGGUAUCCAGUGAGAAAAAGCUCAAAGCAAAUGGAGCCAAGCAAAACGGUUACAAAUCAAAAUGACAUCUGAAAGGGUGAAUUGCAUAGACCCCAGGAUAUUAGAGCUCUUCCAAAAAUUGCAAUACUGUGAAUUUUAAGAAAAUGUAUGAUUACUGGUGUUUAAGUAGUUGCUUGACUCUUUAGCCUACUGUCCUCCGGGGCAGGGUUCUUUCCAGAGAGGUAUCUCUCAAUAAACCCUCCUUUGUAUUGCCAGUUUUAAGCAAAUGAGUGCCCUUUAGGUAAACAGUAACUCCAGUAUAUGCCGUGUACAGCCAUAAAGCAGCAGCUCUCCGGAGAAGAGCCCAGGAAGCUUCUGAAAUAGCAGCUUGCACCUGUGUGUGUAAAAUAGUGCAUCCUGCUUAAAAUGGUGUAGAAUACAAAAUAUUUGGAAGAAGGCCCUUCUCUCCACUGCCUCUUGCUUUUGCAUAAACCAGAAUGUCUGUUCCUUUUACCUCGAGGAGAAGCUGCAGUCCUCGCUAACUUGAGAAAUAACGUGAGCUUCUAUCUGGAGCAGUCAUUCAUCACUCAGCUACUUGCUCUCUACAAACAAGGCACCUAGUACUUGAAUGCAUUGUUUUCUCACUUUUUAAAAGGGUGUUUAAAUUCAGAAGCAGUGGUGAAGCCCACUUCUGAGUUCUCUAACCUGAGGUUGAGAACUAAAAUAAUUUGCAGACUUUUCCAGCUAGAAGGUUAGAAGGUUUAAUUAAGCACGGUUGUGUUGUUUUGUGGUGGUGGAAGUGAAAUAUUUGGUAUCUAGAACUUCUGGCAUCUAGAGGUGCCAUAGGAACAAUACCUUUCAGAGUUUGUAAAGAAAGGGCCUCUCACAGGGUAAAAACUGCAGGGAACCACUUGGAAUGAAACGGUUACUAAGUUGCUGGUUUAGAACCCAGAUCUGUUGGCUUAGUUGAAGAUACUACCAUGUGUUCAUUUGGAAGAGCAGGAUGCUAUAAUUUUUCUUAAGGAAUUAGGGCCAGAGGGAGCACCUUCAGAUGGAGGGAGAGCAGACCUGGGUGAAAGUUCCAGAACGCAUCCCGCAUACCCUGGUCUGGUCUUACGGCUCCCUCGCUAGUGGAGUAGCAUUUCCCGCGCUGUGGUUCUAAGCCCUUUCUGUUGGUACGUGUGAGCGUCUGUAAACCCUUGCCAAUACACAGUGCUUUAAGGAUAGUGGUUUAUUUCAUCCCUUUAAACAAUUACUGUAUGUAUUUUCACACACAUUUCCACUUUUGGGCAAGGCGUUUGAAAGUGUACGUUAUAGCUUACAAACUUUUCCUACUGCAGUAAAUGUCAUCAGAAACUACCUAAGACAGGAUGCAUCUAAAAUUUAAACAGUGUACAAAGGUUAAAUUUCAGGAUCUCUUCUAAUCUAAUUUUAAUCAUCCUGUACAAUGUAAGGAAAAUGUGUAUGGUACCCUUUUUCUUUCAGGGCUUUAUUUUCAGGUUUCUACAGCUUCCCUCUUAUUAUUUUUUAGUGGGUGAGAAAGUCUGGGGGCGUGGAGAGAGAGAUGGGCAUUUUUGACAGGACUCACCACAGCAAGAUCCACCCUGCCCUGGCCUACCAGCAGUUAGGGUUGCAGGCACCAAGCCACUGUGCCCAGAUGUUCAGGUCGGGCCAGGAACCCAGCUCAGCCUCGCAUGGCCUCAUCGUCGCAUGGUGGCAUCCCUCGCUUCCGUCACACGCCAGACCGUCCCCUUCGGUCUUUCUCUCCCACACCGUGCUGGAGAAAGCGUGUCCCUACACCCAGUUCUUCCUCCCGCCGUUGUGUGUGAGCGGACGCACAGACAGUGAGCUCGCUUCCGUAGUCCCCAGUAUGCUGUAGCGUUGGUACUCUGUGUGGACUGCAUUUGGGAAACAUCGAACUACUCCAUUUCCCUUCCUGUGGUUCCUGCGGGGACCCCAUCCGUCCCUUGCCUGCCCUGUUCCUUGUGAGAAGCACAGAUUAGUCUGUAACCCAUGGCUGGCUCCUCACUCCUCAUUCUUACUCGGCUAGGUUUUUAUGUAGCUGUUUAUGGCGGUGCGUGGAGGCGAAGUCUCCGUAAGCGUGGCAUUACGCACGUGUGGUCAUUACAGGGAUACGAGCGGGUUUAUGCUGCCCUGCCGCCUUUCCCCGUAAUGUGUCUGCUCUAAGAAACCGCGAGUGGGCGAGGAGGAUGUGUUUUACUCUUCCUUGCUUGGGGUGUGCCGAGCUGAAAUAAUGAAGAAAUUUAGACGUGCCGCCUUGCACAGUCGUCCCCAGCUCUUGUAACCGAAGCGGCUGCUUACCUGGGAAUAGUCACAAUGUCAGUGUUCAGUUUUAAAAGCUUGAAAAAGUGACUUAGACUGCCUACUUUUGGCCUCAAGUUGGUUGGUUGUUUUAAUCAGCGUUGUGAUGACUGGAUCAGUGUUUCUAAUGGAUAGUGGAGAUUCUUAAAGUUAGAUUUAAACAGAAUCCACAAAAGCACAAUUUCGACUUGACGAUUUCUGGUUCACGUCCCUAACACACCUUGGUGCGCCACGUGCUGCCAGUGGGAACCUGCUGCUUCCAGUGGGCCCGCGGGAGAGCUGAACCACGACCUCGUUCCACUCGUCAGUCAGAGCAUGGGUGUCCUGCUAGUCUAGUGACAGGAGUCGUCGUGUUUCCGAGAAGUGCCUCUCAGUUCUGGGGAGCUGUUUAUAUAGACAUUGCAUCUCAACCAGUUAAAGCAAUCCAAAGUGGAAGAUAACCCAAAGGAAUGUAAGAAAAGUGUUUCCGGCUAUGAUUCAAUGAGAAAAAAUCUCAAGAAAGUCCAGAAACCAGCCACACCAUGUAUCAGUAUUUACCAGGGCUAUUUAGGGUUAGGCCAUUUCUCAAAUCUUUCAGUGACCAAACGGGCUGAAAGUUGGUCACUACCUGAAUGCGGUAGAACUGGUGGCCUGCGAGGGAAAGCUGGGGGAGGGGGUCACAGUCUUAGGAAAGCUCAUAGGUCUAAGGAAGAUGGUUUAUAGUGGCUCUUGGGCCUAUGAAGUUACUUAAGAAAAAUAAAAGAAUUUCUACCUUACAUGAGAUAUACAUAUCGUCUAUAUCCUCUCUCCUUUAUGCUUGUUUACUUGAGCAGUUAAAUAAAACAAAAAACUUGGUGGUACUGUA